AUGGCCAAGCUCGCCCUCCUGGCCUUAGAGGACCACCGAGGGCAACCUUACAAGCGACCGCCCCUGCCACCGUUUGUCUACAGCCAGGUAAUCGCACCCUACCUGAGCUUCAAUGGACCCGUCCCGGACCAGCUUUACGUGAUUGGCGGAAGGGACAGCAACCAGGAGCCGCUGAAUGUUGUGGAGAUGUUCGACUCAUGGAACGGAAGGUGGGUCACCUGCCCACCAAUGCUGGCCAAACGGGCUGGUUGCGCAGCCGCACCAUUGCCCAAUGGCUGCUUCCUGGUGUGUGGAGGAUACGACGAGCAGGGCAUCGUCCGAGGGGUGUUGGACAGCUGUGAGGUCUUUGAUCCUAUCAAGCAAGUGUGGUGCAACACAGGUGCAGCCUUGAUGCGAGCACGGUGGGGCCACGGUUGCUCUGUGCUCGGCAACACCGCCAUUGCUGUCGGGGGCUGUGCCCUGCUGGGAGGCUCCCUGAUUGGUGAGGAGCUGAUGGAGACCCUGCGCAGCUGCGAGGCCUACGAUGUCUCACUGAAUCAAUGGUUCGCAGCUCCCAACCUCAACGUGGCCCGUGCCGGGGCCAGGGUGGUGACAAUCGCCGGCGGAAAGCUCGCGGCCGUCGGCGGUUGCGACGACGUGUUUGGCCGCGCGGAGAUGUUGGCCAGCGUGGAGAUCCUGAACCAAGGACACGAUCAUUGGGUCCUGCUGGACACGCAGCUAGGCGUUCCCAGGACGACAGCAGCAGCCGUGGCUCUGGACGCAGAGAGGAUUCUAGUGAUGGGGGGUGCCCCUUCGCUCUCCUCAGCCGAGGUGUACCAUGUGCACAAGCGCAACCCAGAGCACAGUGCCUGCCAUGGCGAGGGCUUUGAGGUUGGGGACAUGGCGGAAGGCCGCAUGGGAUGCCAGGCAGUGGCAAUGAGGCUUCCUGCCCCGGGUCGGACUUUUCCCACUUGCACGAGGCAGUGCGUUGUUGUUGUCGGCGGGGAGAAUGGAGACGAGGACUGGUCAGAGGACGAGUCCACUGCCUCUUUGGCUCGGCAGUUCAGCACGGUCCUGGUCUUUGAUGCAGAAGAAGGUGCGUGGCGACCGACGGAUGCCUUCCCACAACUGCCGACGCCUCGCACAGCCAUGGCCCUGUGCGUGUCGCCGGGGAUUGUGGCUGGUUAUGGCUGGUAG